UGUUAUCGCGUGUGUAAGAAUUUCAUUUUCAGUGAUAACUCGAAGAUCAAACGGGUUUUGAAAGUCAUUUUUAAAACAUCUCAUCUUAAAUAAUACUCACGAUGUUGUUCGACGAAAUUGGAGAGGUUUUCGAGAUGUUUCGGAAUGCAUUUCCAUUAUCAUUUUUAUUUUUUGUUCCAAUUUUUAUCGCCCUUUCGCCUGUUGGGGCUGCAAAUGAAUUCUCCGUUUACAAAAUGCAGAGAUACGAUUUACAGGGAACUUCGUAUGGAGCUAAGAAUUUUUUGAUAAAUAUGGAAGCUAGACCUGUAGGAUCAACGUCAGUAACAAGAAAGUGUAUAGUAGCGAGGUUAGAAGAAGUGACGUUGUCAGCGUAUCGAGACUGGGCGAGUCAAAAUGCUGGUGGAUUGGUUAUCCUAAUACCAGAAAAUAUCCAACAGCUGUCUCCAGAACAAAAAAAGCAUUUAAGAAGUUUGGAAGAAGAUCUGUUGGUGGAAGAUAAUGGGAUACCGGUUUAUUUUGCUCCGGAGACGUCCGAACUAACAGUUAUUUAUGACAGUAUUCAAAAUGGUGCUUCGGGGGAUCAGGCAGCUACAGCUUGGCAAGCUUUCCUUGGUGCAGCUACAGCAAAUGGGUUUCAGAUGGUUAUGAGUGGGGCCACAGAGAAACCCCUACCUGAUUUCCCUAUAGCUAGUAUACAGGGUAGAUUAUCAGGAAGUGGUAUAGAAGAACAAUUACCAAGUAUUAUUCUUGUCGCUCAUUAUGAUUCUUUUGGAGUGGCGCCGGGUUUAGCUAAAGGAGCUGAUUCUAAUGGAAGUGGGGUCGUUGUUUUAUUAGAACUUGCCAGGUUAUUUUCCAAACUCUUCACCAAUUCCAGAACUCAUGCAAAAUAUAAUAUCGUGUUUUUAUUAUCUGGUGGUGGGAAGUUUAAUUAUCAAGGUACCAAGAGAUGGAUUGAAGAUAAUCUAGAAUCAGAUACGAAUGUAUUGACUGAUGCAGCAUAUGUUUUAUGUCUGGACAUGCUCGGAGCUGAUAACUCUCUACAUCUUCAUGUAUCGAAACCACCAAAAGACGGCAGUGCUGGAGCAGAAUUCUUACAAAAUCUAGAGGAAAUCACAAAAUCAAGUUUCCCUGAAGUCAAGUUUGAUAUGGUUCACAAGAAGAUUAAUUUAGCUGAUGAAAUGUUGGCGUGGGAACACGAACGUUUUAGUAUUAAACGUCUUCAAGCUUUUACUUUAUCACAUCUUGACUCUCAUAAAUACCCGUCCAGAACAUCCAUUCUUGAUACAAGAGAUCAAGUUGAUGUGAAGGUAUUGAGUAGAAAUGUACAGAUUAUAGCCGAGGCUAUUGCUACACAUAUUUAUAAUUUAACUAGUCCGAGUGUAACACAACUUUUCGCUGAUGCUCUCAGUCCACAGGAGAGUAUUGAAUCUGCCUGGUUAGAUUAUUUAACGAAUGAUGCGAGAUCAGCUCAGUUAAUCAACACAGAUAGUAGUCUAAUUAAUACAUUACAAGAUACCAUGUCCAGAUAUCUUAAAGAUGUUAAAAUCACAACACAUAAAGCUGAUAAACGAGAUCCUGAAUUUUUGUUUUAUAGUGGAUCUAAGUACACAUUAAAUGCCUACAACGUAAAGCCGGCAGUAUUUGAUCUAUUUUUAGCAGCAGGUAUCGGAGCUUAUCUCGUAUUGGUGUGGAUGGUAUCACAGAAUUUCCACCUGCUACACUCCACAUUGAAGAAAUUCGUCCAACAGCCACAGAAAACGAAAUCUCAGUAAAACUAGAAAUCCGCAAUUUCCAUAUUGGACAGUAUGUUAAUUUAUGCUUGUAAAAACAAUUCUUAAUUAAUGUGUGUUUGUAACAAAUUACAAUAAUGUGUGUAACCAAUUACAAUAAUGUGUGUAACCAAUUACAAUAAUGUGUGUAACCAAUUACAAUAACUUUUUUUUAUAACAAAUUACAAUAAUGUUAUAACCAAUUACAAUAAUGAUACUGUAACAAAUUACAAUAAUUUUAUUGUAAUAAAUUACAAUAAUGUUAUUGUAAUAGAUUACAAUAAUGUUAAUGUAACAAAUUAUAAUGUUUUUGUUACCAAUAACAAUACUAUUGUAACCAAUUACAAUAAUGCAAUCUGUUUCUGUGUUUGUGUGCAUGAAUGCAACCAAUCCAUUUUGAAAACUUGUUGAUGAAUAUUUUUUGAGAAAUUGUCCAUCUCUAUAAUCAGGUUCUAAUUAUAUAUAUACAAGCAGUUCCAAAUGUGUUAAAAAUUAAUCCUCAGUGUAUCUAUAAUGGGAUUUCAUUGGCUGAAAGUUCAAAUACUAACCCUGAUUUUAACUCCCAACCAAUGGAAAUGCAGGAUUCUUAAACUAGCAUAGUUCAAGUUACAGUGAACAAGGUCCCUGAUGUAUAAUUUGUAUGUUGAAAGGGUUUUUUUUUUAUCUGUGGUAGCAUAUCAUAUAAUUAAUGUGAGGUGUUUGAUCAAUCUCGAUCCCUGUUAUCUCUGAUAAAACUCGCUGGCCAUUUUGAAAGUCACAAAAAUCCAAGAUGGCGGCAAGGUGGCUCAAAUUCGCAUUUCUUCAGAAUUUUCACAUAUCUAGCCGAAUCACUCACAUUUUUGGACUAAAAAUAGUUCCAGUUACAUCAUUAAAUCAACUGUUUUCGAAUGAACUUUCAAUGUGAAGGUGUGAAAAAUUUUCUAAGAAUCAUUAAUAUGUAACUCAUGCAACGAACCGAUACCUAAUUGUCGAGAAAUCGGCAGCAUUUCAUUCUUAACAAAUCCUGCCAAUCAGUAGCCACAGAGGGGCGGAGCUUAGGAAAUGAUUUCAUGCUGAUUAAUGGCCGGCGAGUUUUACCAGACAUAAACAAAGGAUAAAUUUUAUCUCUGGGAUAAAUACAAUCUGAUUCAAAUACAGAUCUAUAUUUCGUUUCAUUUUUUAUACUUUCGAUGGCCUACACUACAUGAAGAUCUGACCGGUUGUAGCGAUAGGUCGUGUCAGAGGUCAUACUAGCGGCUUUUGACCCUAUGACGUCAGACAUUUGAUUAACUAAUCAACAUUGAUGUUACUAGUGGAUUACCCACAGUUCCGUGCAAAACAUGCCUAAAACUCGCCGUAACAGACCGUUUCAUUGGCUAAUAGCUCACAAUGAUAACAAUGAUAACAAAUCUUCCAGAUCCUAGUGUAGUAAAGACAAGUAAAACGAAAUUUUGAACUAUAAAAAAUGAAACGAAAUAGGAUCUGUGUUUUUAUCACAUUGGUGUUAAUGAUAAUCAAAAGUAAAUUAUGAAGUCUCUGUUUGUAUAUUUUCGUAUAAUUUCAAAUUACCCGCAGCUUAAAAUAGAUGGUAUCUAUAAACAGUCCUACCUUGUUAAAGAAUAAUCCUAUUAAUCCUAUAAGUCACUAUUGCCAGUUGAGAAAUUGGCAAAAAUAUCAUUUUCAUCUUCAAAUUUAAACGUUUGACGUUUGGGAGAGUGUGUGUAUCAGUUAUAUAAAUUUAUGUGAGAGAAAAAAAUGCCAAAGUUCUGAUUUUCUGGUCCUUUUGCUAUAUUUAAGGCUUUUUUUUAGGUUCAGUGGGUUACAAAGGUUUGGUGAUGGCACACUGUAUGGCAGUCGGAGCAGAACAGUGGGACAUUACAUCCCAUUUCAUUUCAAAUAAAAAGGCCACAUUGGGUGCCUCCUGUCCGAAAUAUUUCAAUUUCAAUUUUGAUUGGAUGUCUAAGUUGAAAUGAAUGUCCGGUGCCCCAUCUGCGCCCCCCCCCCUUCCCUGCAAGCCACUGCCCCUCUUGUGUAUGUUAAAUUCCUUUUAUAUAUUUUUUGUAGGUAAAAUCAAGGCGCUUUACACAGCCUUAUAUAGCACCAUUUUCUCUGGGGACUGAAUAAUACCACUUAUGCAAUAUCGUAUUUAAAAAUAGAAUUUAAUUUUCUUUUUUAUGUUUAUACCUAAUUAUUCAGGAGCUAUUUUUAAGUGUAAAUUAUUACAACUUUAUCAAUCAUGCUAAAAUUCAUUCCAUUUUCAUUUGUAUGAAUUGAUCAAAUUUGAAACAUAAAAUUGAAAAAAAAAAUUGAAAAAAAAUAAUUGUAUAUUAUAAAUGUUUUAAUUAAUAUUACCCAGACGAUAAUUGUGAAAUUAUAGAUAAAAUAAA